AAACAGUGUUUCUCAGAGUUUUAGCAGUUUCGGCUGUGACUACGAGGGUACAACCCCUGCACGUGAUGCCAAGUCCCUCAGUUGGGGUAGACCUGAGUUCAGCAACCCUAAGAUUCCUGGUUUGACAGAGAUCAGGAGAGUUUUCAAGAGGUCUGAUAGAAAGUCCAGACAUCAAGAGGUUGGUGAAUGGAGCCUGGAACAGUGUCGACACUCCAUCGUGGAGCUGGCAAAGGAGCUGAACAGAGUCAUGAAGAACUCUGCUAUACCUGCCACUGUGUCCAGUGAGGAUACGUGCAGCCUGGAAGAGUGUCGCUGCUUCAUCAUGAAAUGGGCUGAUGAGCUGGACAAGCUGAUCCAGACACCAAAGCAAAGCCAGAGUGCUGGGCAGGUUGAGAGAGGAAAAGAGGCAGAGCUGAGAAACAGAGAGGAUCUCCCAGGACCAGUGGGGGAGGAGCUAAGUGAGUGGGUGGGGCAAAACCAGGGGGAGGAGCUGAGCCAAGAGGAGGAGCAAAGACUGAAGGAUGUUCAUGACAUCAUCAUGGAGUGGGCAAGGGAGCUGAAGACAGUGCUACAGAACUCUGUCUCAGCGGGGGAGGCUGUAGAGCAGGAUCUUGCAGAGCUGGUGAAGGAGUGGAAACAAGGCAAGCUGAGAAACAUCUUGCCCAUCAUGGAGUUCAUCAUGUGGGUCCUGAUCAAGGAGGAAGCAGACAAGGGAAUUAUUACUGAGAUGUGGUUUUCUAGAACGCUAAAAACAUUCAAUACUGGUGCUGGGAGAUGCAUCACAGAUUCAGUCUGGCAGUGGAUUCACAAGGCAUCAGUUGUUGUAAAUCUGGACCCUGAUACAGUACACUGCCAGCUCACCAUGACUGAGGAUGGGAAACGAGUUAGAUGGAAAGAGACACGGCAGCCUCUUCCUGACAAUCCAAAGAGAUUUGAUUUCAGGCCCUGUGUGCUGGGCAGGGAAGGCUUCACCUCAGGGAGACGCUACUGGCAAGUGGAGGUGGGGGAGAAUACAUGGUGGAGAUUAGGAGUCAGCAGAGAUUGUGCUGAGAGAAAGAAGGACUUCCUCAUUACCCCCCAGCAGGGUUACUGGACUGUGAGGUGGAGGAGUGGAUAUGGAAAUGAGUUUAGUGCUCUCACUGACCCCCAGACUCGGCUCCCCAGGAACCCGAAGCCCCAGAAGCUGGGGGUGUAUCUGGAUUAUGAGGAAGGGCAGCUCUCCUUUUACAAUGUGGAGACCAGAUCUCACAUCUACACUUUCACUGACAUGGAGUUCAAUCCCAAUGAUAAACUCUAUCCAUUCUUCUGUACUUGGGACAGUAAUACAGAUCUUGUGCUAGAGUCCCCUGACCCUGACCCUGUCAGUGCUGCAGAUUAAACUCACAUUGCUGACUGAACCAGGAAACUAUUCGGACAAGAAGAUAAUUGGGACAGAACACAGAAUGAAAUGCUGGGACCUGCUUUAAAACCACAAACAAUAUGAAAAGCACGGCUUUGCUUUGUCAUUUAUAGGAACCAGUACUGUGGAUCUUGAAUCGGGUGGAAAAACUGGUCAGUGAAGGAUUGGAUCAGUUCCUUGAUUUAUUUUAGGUGAAAUUCUAGUUACUCUGAUCAUCUACAGUUCAGUUACAAUGUGUCAUGUAUGAUGUUGAUAUUAUUAGCACUUGUAAUGUGGGUAUCUAUGUACUGUAUGAACCCAAGACCCAUCUGGACUUCAAGUUAUGAAGAAAACGAUUUUCUCUUGCAUGUAAACAAAGUGAUUUAUUUGACCUAACGAAGUACCAAGUAGUAUGUUUUUAAAUGAAAAUGCAUUUCUGCUGUAACAUGAUUUUAUUUCAAAGCUGCACAUACAGUGAAGUGCAGGAUGUGUACAAUUUAUAGAAUCAAUAAGUUAGCUUCAAGCACAUUAUAUUGCAUUAACAUUGCAAUGCAUUAAAAGAUGAAUGCUUGUGAACGUGCGUCAAUCGACUAUUCUUCUAGCAGACUUGAUCUAUUUGUUUACAUUGUAUUGUAAAAGCAGAUCAAUAAAAC